CAGCAGAAGCCACAUGCAUAUCUGCACCAUAAGAAGAUUGUCCAGAACUGGCAUCUUGGGACUCUUGCAACUGACAGAGACCUGUAUGGUUUGUGGAUCCCACUGCACCUGGGUACUGUUGAUAGUUUGAUGCGGAAGCGAACUGUGUUUGAGGGUCACUGCGUUGUGAAUAUUGCUCACGGUUCUGAUACUUCUCUUCUGUUCCUCCGCCUGUUACAAAUUGCGGAGAAGGCUUUCGCAGCAAGCCAUGCUUUAGCUUUCGCUCCCCAAUCUUCCUCAUUGUUAUUUGCUACAGCGGAGCGUGAAGCGGUCUUGGCGGAAGCGGAUGCGAAGGUGGGUAGUGAGGUUGGGCAGGAUAAGGCGAAGGCUGGUGCACAGGAAAAUGAGGAGAAGGGUAAGGCGCGUGAUCGGAGGAUUGAGGCGACCGCCACUGCGGCGGAGGCAGCCCAUCCCCGCAGUCCACUGCCUCCCGCCACCUUCAGGCCGCCCAUCUCCGCCGUCUUCCGCCUUCCUCAACCUUCAGACCGCCCGUCUCCGCCUCUAACACACACACACGCAGAUCAACACACAGACACACACCUUGAUCGGCACUCUCACGUCCGGCCACCCCACGCAAAGACGCUGCAACCACCGAUCCGCUCACAGCCGCCGUCGCCCCAGCCGUCGCGACGCGACCCGCAACUUCCGCCGGCGUCGGGCUGA